CCCUGCUACCCACUGUGCUAUGCUGGGCAGAGCGACCAUGAGAGAAUAGAAACCUGGAAAGGUGACAGGAGGCACAAAUAAUCGCUCCAUCCUUGAGCUAUAAUUUUUAGAUCAGUCCAAGUGCAAGAUCAGUGAUGGAACCAAAUGAUAAAAGGAUCACUAGGAAUGAAAAUUGCAGGAGGAAUUUAUGUCAUUGAAAUGUACGAUUUGCACUUCUCAAUGGACUCUGGUUAAAAGUAAUGGGAAAAAACAUCCAUAAAUGAAGAGGAAAUGAAACCAAGAACUGUAGCCCACAAACUGAGAAUUUAUUUACAAGCAGAGUUUGGGAUGCAAAUAAUACUUUUUGGAAGUUUCACGUUAGAGCUGAUUCAUAUCUGAGUGCAAACGAAAAAAGACUAAGGAAACAGAAGCAAAGGAGAGGACGAAAAAAAGAACGUCAUAGUGCAGCCUCUCUGUCAGCUUUCCUAAACAUGGGACAGCAAUUAAGUGAGGAUUCUAGCAAAGUAGAAAUUGAUGUGGCAGAGCUUCAGGAGUGGUAUAAGAAGUUUGUGGUAGAAUGCCCAAGUGGAACUCUUUUUAUGCAUGAGUUUAAGCGUUUUUUUGGCGUGGUGGACAAUCAGGAAGCUGCUGAUUAUUUGGAACAUAUGUUUAGAGCGUUUGAUAAAAAUGGGGACAAUACAAUAGAUUUCCUGGAAUAUGUGGCAGCUCUGAACCUUGUGUUAAGGGGGAAAUUGGAGCACAAGUUAAAAUGGACAUUCAAAGUUUAUGACAGAGAUGGAAAUGGUUGCAUUGAUAAGACAGAGCUCCUGGAGAUUGUGGAGUCUAUUUAUAACUUGAAGAAGGUGUGCCGUCAGGGACAGGAUGAUCGAAUUCCUUUACUCUCACCUGAAGAAGUAGUGGAUAGGAUAUUCCAGUUGGUAGAUGAGAAUGGAGAUGGCCAACUAUCAUUGGAUGAAUUUAUUGAUGGUGCUCGUAAGGACAAGUGGGUGAUGAAAAUGCUGCAGAUGGAUGUGAGUCCUGGGAGUUGGAUAACAGAGCAAAGAAGGAAGAGUGCUCUAUUUUAAACCAGUCUGGCUCCUUAGCUCCUGCUGCUUGUCGAGGAUGUGAAUAUCAUAACAGGAAGUUGUUGUAGGUGGUGGAGGAACAUAGCACCUGCUGCGUUUGCUUGGAUUUUAAGUAUCGAAGCUUGGUUAUACACAGUUUGAAUUACUCAUUACUGUCCUGAGAUAUUUAUUUUGUGAUCCACAGUUGUUACUUUGAUCUGGAUUAAUGCACAACGCACCAAGUCAUCAAUACUAAACUUUAUGGAAACCUACAGUGGUCCAAACUCUUCACUUUCAGUCUUGGGGAAUGCAGAUAAGCAGGUGCUAGUGUACAAAAUUCAUGCCUAUCAUCACUUUAUGAUUUUUUUUAGACCAUAAGCUCAAUUUUUAGUAGAACACUUAUUGCCUCUUGUUCCUACAUGUCUACACAUAUUUGUAUUUUACCCAGUGUACAGCACCAAGGAAUACAUAGGCAUUUUAUAUAUAU